AUGACUAUUUUUGUUCUUGGAACUAUUGGAGGUUUAAUAAAUAUUGGUGUCCUCACUACUUUAAAACUAUUUCGAUCUAAUCAAUGUGCUUUUUAUCUUAUUAUGGAAUCUGUUGUCAAUACUAUUCAGUUAUUUGUACUUUUUAUUAUAUAUCUUCUACCAAUUACAAAUGAAGCUGAUCCUGCAAAUACUUCUCUUGCUUGGUGUAAAAUGAAAAAUUUCUUAACUCAAACAUUACGAUUACUUUCAUCAUCAAUGGUAUGUUUUGCUGCAUUAGAUCAAUUUUUAUCAACAAAUCCUCAACAUAUAAUUAGACAGAUGAGUUCACUUCGAUUAGCUCAUCGUUUAACAAUUGUAGCUAUUUUCCUUUGGAUUGGUCACGAUAUACCAUAUGCUAUUUUGUAUGUGAUUGUUCCACCAAGUGGUUGUAUCAUCACUAAUAUUGAUUUAAUACAUUAUUAUUCUUUCUUUUACUAUCCCAUUUUGCAUGGAUUUUUACCAAUUCUUGCCUCAUCUGCAUUCGCUCUAUUAGCAUAUCGUAAUGUUCGAAAUCUUGUUCGACGUCAAGUGGCUGUUGAACGUCGUCGACUUGAUCGACAGUUAACAGCGAUGAUUUUUAUACGCGUUAUUUUUUAUGUACUACUUUUAAUACCUUAUACUGUUUAUCGUAUUUAUUCACUUAAUGUUACAUUUACUCAAGCAAAUCUUUACCCAUAUGCUAUCAAUCAAUUGAUAUACUCAGUUAUGUCAUCAAUGACAAAUCUUAACUAUACUGUAAGUUUUUAUAUAUUUAUGGCAUCAUCAUCCCGAUAUCGCCGUCAAGUGAAAAGUUUUUUUGUGAAAAAAUGUUGGCGAACACUGAAAAAUUUAUGUAAUGCUGAACAAAAUAUAGUACAUCCUAAUGGUACAACGUCCAUUGUCGCAGACACUGAAGAUGAAUAA